UGAUCGGCCCCCAUAUACUGUCACCUAUACAGAGAACUCUUGCACUGCAUGCCCAUUGUCCUGUACUGAGUGCAAGAUCUGUGUGCACAGUUGUGUGUGUUCUUGCACAGACAAUUUGAUCAAGGGUAACCUCUGUGAACACAUUCAUGCAGUGGAAAUCAGCAAAGGAACUGUAAAGCUCCCUAUGCAAGACAGGUUCUGCAGAGAGUCAUCUGUGCAGGAGUUAACACAAAUAGUUGCUCAGCAGACUUCAGGUGCUGGCAGCACUGUUGACUACCGAGCUGCUUUGGAAGACAGGCUGACUAUCGUGCAACAAUUAGCAAGAAGUGCUAACAGUGAAACUGCUGGCUCUCUCCUUGUGUCAUUUGAUAAAUUAAUUAAAGAAAUGAGGGCAGGCAUUGCAUCGCAAAAAGAACUCGUUGGUCCACAUUUUCCAGUAACUUCAGCUCCACCAAAUGAGACAUGCAGGAUUCAGAGACAGUUCCAAUCAGUAAGGAAGACAUGUGAAAAGAAGGAACAUUCAUUUGCAACACCAUCCUGUGCAGAAAUUGAGACGAUUAUACAAGACCUCUUGGGAAGUGGAAACAGUAGCUGAGACCAUGUAUAUGCAAAAGACAAGUAAGGAAACCAUCCAGUAGCUCUGAGAUUUUUUUUUUUGUGCGCUUGGAUGUGCAGGUUUUUCAGCACAGUGUACACAGUACUCUUCAACAUUGAAUUGCCAUUUAUGUUUUGCGCAUGUCCUCUGACUCCACUUCUGGCCAGCAUGCAAGGCACACAA